CUUCGCUUAUCUUCUUCUCCAUCUGAAUUUCACAAAACGAUUAGGUGAGGCUGAAAGCUCUAGUGGAUUGGUUCAAGGUGAUACAAAAAUGGCUUCUUCAACAGCACAUAUUCUCGACGGGAUGGGGUUUGUUGGGUCAUCCCCGACACCGGCGAGAAGACCCAGUUUCUCCUUCGCCCCAAAAACUGUAUUUUUGGGCCAGAAUUUGGGUGAUGUUUCCAAGACGGCGGCUUUGCUGAGGUACAAGCGUGGUCCGGUGGGGAUCGAUUUGGGGACGACAAACUCGGCCGUGGCAGCGAUGGAAGGAGGCAAGCCGACGAUCGUAACCAACGCCGAAGGGCAGAGGACGACGCCGUCUGUGGUGGCGUACACAAAAAACGGCGACACUUUCUUCUCCGUCAAGGGGUUCAUUGACAGGAAGAUGUCUGAGGUUGAUGAGGAUUCAAAACAGAUUUCUUAUAAAGUGGAUGGAUGGAUCAAUUAUAGAGAUGGAUGGAUGGAUCAAUUAUUCAUGGGGAAUUGAAGCUUGAGGUGGAUGAUCGUGUAAAGAGAAUUUUGGGAACACCCAGGAUGGAGCUUGCUUGCGCACUCAAAGUAAACGAGGGCUCAAGGCGAUCAACCAUUGGAUGAUGGUUAGUUCAAGUAAAUCGACUUGAUAAUAAGGUGAGUGUAAAGGGGGUAAAUUCUACGCCUUACGAUUUUCAAGUAUUUGCCUUGAGUAUUUUCAAGUAUUGCUUUAUGUGAUGUAUGUGCAGCAUUUGAUUCAUAUUUGAGAUUGCAUGAUUAUGGUUGGUGAUAUGUGCCUUGUUUGAAUUAUGACUUGCAGUGAAUUGUUUAUUUACUUUGAAAUUUUCCUGAGUGUAAGUUAGUGUUAAAGUUUAAGAAACAAGUUCUUUUUAA